AUGACGGGCUGGAGUGCCGAGGAGGACUCGUUUGCCGGGCCUUCGACAUCCAUAGCGCAUGGCCUGCGUGACGGCGUGCUUGUCAACGACUUGGACCGCUCGUUUGGCUCGUCCAUGUCGAUCUCCUCGCUGGACAGUCCUGCGCGGCACUCCCUACGUCGUGCUCGGCCGUUCCCCGCGCCGGCGCAGGAUCUGGUAGGCGAAGAUCCCUUUACGAUGCCAUCGCCUUCGCUGAACAUGCGUCCCCGCCUUUCUGUGCCGGCCGCGUUGGUGGCAGAAAGCUCACCGCAUGCGAUGGAAAUCUCCUCGCCGCCUGCGUUUGAUACCUCGAGCAACACGUUGCUCGUGCAGACGACCGUCCCUCCGCCCAUGCUCCGCCGCCUGGACCGAUCUGUCCGCAAAUCCAUGCCUGUACUCAUGCAGUCUGGCCCUGGCCUGUCCCGUGAGCCCCUGAGCCCUGUAAGCCCGGAACAUGCUCGGCCCCUCAAAAAGCGCCUUUCGUCGUUGCGACAGCUGCAAGACGCCUCGUUUGAGCGCGAUGGACCUGCCCGAUGCAUACUAACGCAGAACGAGGACGAAGCCAAUGUGUCUCAAGACACGGCGCGUUUCCAUGUGCGGUCGCAGAGUGCAUCGCUAUGGUGGCCCGACGCAGGUGAGAGCAUUGCCCCGGAUGUGCCGCUCUCUUCGCCUGCAGCGCCAGGUCCGAUGGCGUGUGCUGACGAUAGCACGGCCAGUGACUCGUUCUUGGCACCAUCGCUUCUUGCCUCAGCGUCGACGGCUACAGUGACAGCAUCCACGGCGUUGGGAGUCUCUCCGUCGCCCAUGGGCCACUUUUUCUUCGAUCCGCAAUCGCCCAGUGUAGCACAGGCACCACCGAUGGUCUCCUCGCCCGUGUCGCCCAGUGGCACCGUGACACAGUUCCACAUGUUUGCCGCGCCGGACUGGCGCUUGGGCCCGUCAGAUGCCCCUGUGGGAGCGACGACAGCGACGACGACGACGACGACGACGACGACAGCCGCAGCCGCAGCGGAUACGUCCUUGUCGCUUACAUCGGCUGGUGAAAGUACGGAUCCCUCUGUGUCGCUCGAUGACUCCACGGAGCCUAUUGUGCAAAGGGGAUCGCCCGUAUGUGCGUCUGCUCGCAAGGCCAUGUUCCAUCUGGGCAUGCGACGUACACAGACGACGACGGUACUGCCUGCCUCGGCCAAGGAGAAUGUGCCGAUGCAUGCUAGCGUGAUCGCGCCGCCGCCACCGCACCGUACGCAGGACCUACCUGGAUUCGGUACGCAUGAAAUGGAGAACAAGAUCUUGCCGUGCUUCUCGGUGAAGAGCGAUGGGCUCAUGCGUGUCGCGCCGGAGACGGUGUGUGACCUGAUGAAAGGUAGGUACGAUGAUCGCAUUUCCGGCUUCCAAAUUGUCGACUGCCGCUUUGACUACGAGUACGAAGGUGGCCACAUUGCCGGGGCCGUGAACUUGUCCACGGUCGAGCAGGUGCAGCGCUACUUCUUGACGCCAGGCGAAGGUUUGCACCGGCACCGCCCGAUGCCAGGGCGUACACAGAGCGGCAUGCCAGAUGGCCAGGGCGAUAUACGCAAAUUUAUCUUGAUCUUCCACUGCGAGUUCUGCCAUAAGCGGGGGCCAAGUAUGGCGCUCGCCUUGCGGCAGUCCGAUCGUUCGUUGGCUGGCGACUAUCCGAACUGCCAUUUCCCAGAUAUGUACAUCUUGCAUGGUGGCUACGCCGACUUUUUCAAGGCGUGCCCAGAGAUGUGUGUACCGCAGGCCUAUGUCCCGAUGGACGAUCCCCGUUUCUUGCAACGUCGAUCGUCGGAACUGUCUGGCUUCCGCCGUCAGUUCUCGCGCAACCGAAGCUUUGCGUAUGGCGAUAGUCAAGUCGCUACGACGGCGCUGUCCAACCUUGCAGAGAUGAGGCGAGCGCCGAGCAUGGCGGUGCCUGGCGCGCUGCCGCCCUCACGGACCUUGUUCCCACAAGCGCGCGCGGCGCCGGCGCCUGUCGUCCCCGCUCCUGCGCUCUCGACGUCGAAUCUGCUCACGCUUCCCGAACCGGCGCGCGAUGCCAGCUUUUCUUCCUGCGACUCGUCUUUCGAGGCGGGCGCCGGUGACUCCCCGUGUGCCGCUGCCGGCGGCCGUAGGCCCCCACUGGGCGAGGCGCUGCAGCCCCGUGCGACGUCGUUCGCACCGCGUCUCUUAAAACGCGCGGAUACCACCUCGGUCGUGGUGUUCCCCAUGUAA